AUAAUUAAAUGGCAUUGAAAUAUUUGUAAGCUAAGAAUUAAAUCGAAAUUUUUAGAAUGAAGCAAGAAUCAAAAGUCAAAUUGAAAUUUGGCGCCUAUCUGUUUAUGUAUCAAAAUGGAAGUCGUAAAGUGACAACUUUAAAAUCACGCGAUUGGUUAGUGAUGAUUGGCCAAUGAGUCCGUUUGAAGCCGUCUAUCAUAUUCGGACGUGUUUGUCUAUUACUAAAAAAUUUUUCUGCACUAUUGCUAAUGUAAUUAUUAGACUUUGUGUUAUACAUUAUUAGAUCUUCGAUUCUACUUUUAUACUUUUGAAAGCUUGCUUUAAUUCAUCGAGAAAUAGUCGUAUCGCUUCCUCGGCCAAUCGCAAUGAGAUAUAUCGGUUCACAAGUCGCUUGCGAUUUAUCGUUCUCGAUAUGGAAUUUUCCUUCGUGUUGUUAAAUCACAGUGCUGAGACUGCUGAGAAAUCUUAAAUAUAAGACGAACGAUAUAUGAAUAUCGUCCCGAGACCUGAAUACAAUAUUUCGAGCACCGUAAGCGAAUUUUGCCGCAAGCGCAAUCUAAUUGAGAACUUUUAUUGGUGGCACCGCGUCUACUUUUUGACACCACUGGCAUGCCUGGCAUGAUCGUUAAUUGGUUGUUGUAUCCAAUCGUGCCAUUGUGACGUCAUAAAGGAAAAACAAGCAGGUAAGAGAGGGAGGUGAAGAUAUUACGCAUACUCGUAUUUGAAAAGUCGAAUGGCCGUUGCUUCGCGAGUUUCACGAGGUUGUUGUACCGAAGGACUAGAUGAAAAGGAGAAUAAGGAAAUAAAAGGAACAAGUUCUCACUGAAUUGAGACCUAUCCCAUGAUUAGAGCAUGAAAAAGAAUAGUUAAAACUAAUGUUCUAAAACACAUAUAAGAGUGACAAAUUGAAUGACAAUGUCAACUAAAGGAAUAUCGAAGCGGACACAGGAGCCUGUGGAUCAAUGGCUGGCAAAGGAAGGUUACUUUAGGAAACCUACUCCUAGAGAUCCAACCUGCUUGUUCAGGUCAAUUAGUGAACAAGUAUAUCAUACACAACAUUAUCAUCUACGAGUUAGAAAAGAGUGCACAGAAUUUAUGAGGAAGAAAAGACACUUGUUCAAGGAUUCUGUAUCGAUGUCAUUUGAUUACUAUCUUAAAGAAAUGCAGUAUUUUACCGAAUGGGGAGGUGUGAUCGAAAUUCAAGCCAUGUCAUUGUUGUAUAAAAGAGACAUAAUUAUAUUCUGUGGAGAGAAGCAGAUAUGUGAAAACAUUACUAAUAAUGGCUUUAAAAAAGGUGUUAUGUUGCUUUGUCACACAGAACCAAAACAAUAUGAACCUGUUUAUCCAAUGGCUUUUGUGCAAUCAGCUGCAUACUGUCAAUCCAUUGUGUAUGAGGUUGUAUACAAGUAUAUGUUUCAAAUACCUAACAUAAAGACUGUUGCGGAUAAAAUGCUACAUAAUCGAACUCCUGCACUUAGACAUGACAAAUUUUUCCAAAAGGGAAAUCUUGACAUUAGAGAGCAAUUGAUUGAAGAUUUAUACAAAAAAGUAAAAAAUGAACAUAAUGACACAGACGAAGUUCAAUCCGAUUGGAAGGGAGCACCACUUAUUCCUUAUAAAGUUGCAAAAGCGCUAGCUCCUGACUAUUAUCGCAAUAUAGAGUUAGACAUAUGGCAUGAAUUAAAACGAGAGGUAAAAUCUGCAGGCUGGAACAGAUACAACAGUAAUGAGCUUCAAGUCGGCGGCAAAUGUCUGAUACAGAUUAGUAUAAAUGAUUUAGAGCAAUGUGAUAGAAAUAACAACAAUAAUAUGUGUUUUAAUUUGCCAAAAUGUACUAAUGAGAUCAACAAUAGAAUUGAGCAACAAAAAUUGAAGCAAGGGCCUCUUUGGCUUCAUGGUUACAUACAAGAAAUGAGCACAGAAAAGGAUCCAGUGCUAGUCUUUAUCAAAGAUCUGGGAGAGAAAAAAUUUGUUCCAUACGAUGCUCUGAAGCCAUUACCUUUAGUAAAAAAAAGUAGGCCAAAAAGUUGGACACCUAUUGAUAGAAAUCAUUUGGUUACUUCAGAUUCAGGUCGACGAUGGAAAAAAUCAUAUAAUUCUUUCCCUCGAAAGAGAAAAGACCAUACCAUAACGAAUGAAACGCGAAAUAUAAAAAAGAAUGUAUUGACAGAUAAUGAUAGUAAUAAUAACGUUGAUAAUGUUAAUAUAAAUAAUGAAACUGGAUUUGACGAACAUCACCAUGAACUUCCUAAAGUAGACAAAAAUCUAACGUUAGAAAAUCAUUCUGUAGAAGAUUCUUCUAGUCUUGUGACAAACGAAGAGGCUAAUACCUUACCUGUGACUACAUCUGACAAUCAUUCCCAUUCACAAUCCGUAAUGUCAAGUAAUGUAACGCAGGAAACAGCAGAAUGCAAAAAACCUGAUUUAGUGUUUAGAAGAAUGAACAAUACUCCAAGAAAUAAGACUGCAAUAAAAUCUAAUAAUUUUGGUAAUAGUCUUCAGAAGUCAACCUCGAAACCGAAAGUAUCAAAUGAGAAUUAUUGUUCGCCUUACAAUGGUAAUUCACAAAUAAAUAUGUGUGGCAAUCCAAAUAUAUCUUAUGUUACUUCAGAAAACGCGUAUUCUUAUCCGUAUAUGUCGGGUAAUUUCUCGGUAACUGGGGAACACGGUCCGAACCAAGUAGAUCAUUCAUUUACAUCGAAUUCCUUUUAUAAUUUACCUUUGGAGGACGCUUACCGCACUUUAAAUCCAACUUAUUACGGAAUAAUGUAUGGGCCCAAUCAUCAAGCCAUGCCAUCUUUAAGUGCACCAUCGAAUAUCCAUGGUCCGUAUGUGCAAGAGGAAGUGGAUCAUCUUGUUAACGACUUGCAAAAUUGUUCGUUAGCAUCUAAUGAGGGGGCAAAUGCCAGUGCAGAGAUUUCAAACUCAAUGCAUUUGAACGGUAUGCAAAAUGCAAAACAGCCAAAGCAGGGAUCAAAAAAUUCGAGCGGAAAAGAUUCCAUGUAUCAGUUUCAUCAGAAAGGAAAGCAAACUGGAACUGUUAAAGGUAACAAGAUACGAAAUCGUCAACAAAAUGCAGCGUAUAUACAGUACUCUGGUCAUCAGUACAGUGCAACGAUGCCAAAUGGUUCUAUGAAUUCGUAUGACGCGCGAAGACACGAUAUACAUAUGCUACAAUUACAACAUCAUUGGGAUCCGAUAUCGUCUCAAAUAGCGCCUAUGGUAGCUGGUCCCACAAAUGGUUAUGUAUUGCCGCAAUAUACAACUCCGAAUCAGAUGCACCCGUAUCACGAGCUUCCACCACAGUACAUGAACGAAGGAAAUUCAGGAAAUCCCUCGUAUUACUUGGGAAAUGGUAGUUAUAUGCCCAUGCCAUAUUUAUCGCCUCAGCACGUCGACACAGUUGUGGAGAAUGGAGCUGUAGCUCCAUCGUACCCACAGCAUUUCUAUACCACGAACGAGGCUUACCAAUCAAGUCAUUCGUCAACAAACGGCCAAUCAAUGAUGUACUCACAACCGAUAAUAUAUCCGCAGUCGAUGCAAUAUCACCCUGUACCGCCGCCGCCGUCACACAUGCAAGAACAAUGGAGCCCGACAUUGGAACCUCAGCCUUCCUAUAUUCUUCAAUGUGUAGGUCCUACUUCAGGUUCAGCUCCGAUCAUAGAACCAUCCGCUAACGGACAAUGUGCCAUUCCGAAAGGCACUUCACUGUAGAUUACACAUUCUGAAGACUGAUGGUCAUAAGAUCAAAUUUAUACUGAGGUAACAAUUAAAAAUAGUAUUAAUGAAGUGUGUUCCAUUCGUUGAAAAUAAUAUCCCGAAGAUUAAUAGUAGUUAUAAAAUAAAUAAAAUUUAUCGCAAUAAAAAUAAGAAUAAUGAUAUAUUAAAAAUGACUAUAGUAGCGAUAAGAGAGAGAACCACAGAAAAUUUAGCUAUUCUGAAAGAUAAGAGCAACUGUGGAGCAAAGUACAUGUUUACUACUUGUGAUUCUUCUUAUUAGAAGUCGACGAGUUCGUUUCCUGUUUAAUUUUCCAAAAUUCCUGUGUCAUAUACAAAGCUCUAUUAUACAAAGUAUUAAAAUGUAAUCUUGCAUCUUCGUGAGCUGUGUAUGCAAAUUUAUAUAAUACAUUAUAGAUUGACGUAAGAGAGACCUUACACAGCUUUGACACAGCUAAUCUAUACCAAUGUUAAACAAUUUAAACAGACACUUGAGACUUUUAUAGACUUAGUUUAAAAGAAAAAGAUUGUGCGUAUGUGAGACUGAAAUUUAUCUCGAGUCUCAACAUUAUCCUAAUGCAAUUAUAAAGUUUCUUCAUAAAAAAAAAUUACAGAAUAAUGUAAUGGCAAAUGCAUAAAUUGAUAACAUUCC